UUAUCUUUUAUUUUAAGCUAUGAUUCGAUUACAUUAGCCAAACAGUUUACACUUAUCGAAAAAGAUGCAUUAUCCGAAGUUGAUUGGAGAGAACUAAUUGAUUUACAGUGGUCUCAAGAACUAAAGCCAAUCACAAGUUGGUUACAAUUAUUAUUAAAGAAAAACGUUAGAGGAAUUGAUCUUGUUAUUUCUAGGUUUAAUUUAACUGUUAACUGGAUUGUGUCAGAAAUCCUUUUGACUAAUGAUGAAAAAUACAGGCGAGACACGAUUUCGAGAUUUAUUCAUAUUGCUAACAACUGUUUUAAACUACAAAAUUACUCUACUUUAAUGCAAAUUGUUCUUGCGCUUACAACACCAAGAAUUAAAGAGCUUUAUUAUACUUGGAACAAGAUGGACGCUUCGGACAUUUUUACAUUGAGAACUUUGGAAACAUUUGCUCAUUCCGAAGGGAAUUUUCUCAAACUAAGAAAGGAAAUUGAAAGCAUAAUACCUUCAAAAGGUUGUAUUCCCUUUUUUGGGCUAUACCUUUCUGAUUUAACAUUUAAUGCCAGUAAACCUGAACCUCUUGAUAUAAGUGAUGAUGAUACUCUAGUUAAUUUGGAAAGGUUUACUUCUUCGUCUAAAAUUGUUCGUAAUUUUAUUCAAUGCAUUCAGUGGUCUAAAUUAUAUGACUUUGAACCUAUUCCUGAAAUUAUAUCAAAAUGUGUUUAUAUAAAGUCAUUAACCAAAGAAGAAAUG